UUUUGAUCUUCCGAUGAACUGUUCGUUUGUUAGUAGAAGAUAUUCUAAAAUUCUCUUGUUUAAUGUUGUCUUACUAGAACAUGUGUCCGUUUGUUGUUUAGUGACCGUGAAUUGAUAAUAACAUUGAUAAACAUUGCUGUUUUAUUUUUUAAUCGACGAGUGUGUUUAUUAACAUACAAAAUGAGGCUGGCGGGUGCCAUUUUCACAAAUGUUACGAAAAUGCUCGAUUUUUAUUCGCAAUUUAAUCCUUCGCCGCUCUCUAUUAAGCAGUUUAUUGAUUUCGGUUUAAAUGCGUGCGAGAAGAAGUCAUAUCUCUUUCUACGUAAAGAGCUACCCGUUAGAUUGGCGAACAUAAUGAAAGAGAUAGCGUUACUGCCAGAGAAUUUACUGCGGAUGCCGUCGGUGGGGCUGGUCAACCAGUGGUACGAGAGGUCGUUCGAGGAGAUCACAGAGUUCGAGAAGAUGGAGCCGGAUCCACCCAUUUUGACAGAGUUCUGCGAGCGUCUAGUUCACAUACGGAACCGUCACGCGGAUGUGGUUCAAACGAUGGCUCAGGGUGUCCUGGAGCUGAAGGAGUCCCACGAGGUGGACACCGGCACGGAGAACUCCAUCCAGUACUUCCUCGACAGGUUCUACAUGAGCCGGAUAUCCAUCAGGAUGCUCAUAAAUCAGCACACCUUGCUGUUCGGGGAGCAGCUAGGGGGCAGGCAAGCGUCAGUAAACGGAAUCGGGGCUGGAGGUCGACAUAUCGGUUCCAUCGACCCGGCGUGCGACGUGGUCGCGGUUGUUAAAGAUGCUUACGAAAACGCGAGGUUCCUCUGCGAUCGGUACUACCUUGCCUCACCCGAGCUGGAGAUAAUGCAGGCAGGAGUGUCCAGCGAGAAGCCGAUGCCGGUAGUGUACGUGCCUUCGCAUCUCUACCACAUGCUGUUCGAGCUGUUCAAGAACGCGAUGCGAGCCGUCAUGGAGCAUCACGAGGGCAGCCCGCCGCCGAUAAAAGUCAACCUGAUACAGGGCCGCGAGGAUAUAUCUGUGAAGAUGUCAGACCGCGGUGGUGGCAUCCCCAGGAGUGUGACAGACCUGCUCUUCAAGUACAUGUACAGCACAGCACCGCAGCCGUCCAAGUCGGAUUCACACACGGUGCCUCUUGCUGGAUACGGAUAUGGUCUGCCUAUAUCCCGCCUGUACGCGAGGUACUUCCACGGUGACCUGGUCCUCAUGUCAUGUGAAGGUCACGGGACCGACGCAGUCAUAUAUAUGAAGGCGUUAACAAAUGAAGCCAACGAGUUCCUGCCGAUCUUCAACAAAACAUCGUCCAAGUUCUACAGACCAGUAGCGCAGCUAGCCGACUGGUCGGGCCCAGUCAACACCGCCGCCCACGCCAAGAACAAGGAGAAAGUAUCGCCACUAUCAUCACAUACGCCCGUGUCGCAUAGUCUAUGAUGCGAGACCGAGGAGUGAACCAUAGAUAAUUUAAUAUGUACAGAAUGAAUUCUUGAGCACUGGUGCCAUGUGGAAUGUAAAGUUUUUGUUUAAUUUAUAUUAUAUGUAUAAAAGUAAUACUUAAGUUGUAUAAGUCGAAAUAUAACUUUACGUUUCGAGAAAUUAUAAAU